AUGACGCGCGGCGUCGUCGUCGCCGCGUCGGCUCCGGCGAAGAAGAAAAUCUUCAUCGACGGCGAGGCGGGCACGACCGGCCUGCAAGUCCGCGACCGCCUCGCCGGACGAGACGACGUGGAGAUCAUCUCGCUCACGGGCGACGACCGCAAGGACGCGACGAAGCGCGCGGAGUUUUUGAACGCGUGCGACGCCGCCAUCCUGUGCCUCCCCGACGACGCCGCGAUCGAAGCGGUGAAGCUGUGCGCCGAUCCAGACACGGUGAUCAUCGACGCGUCGACCGCGCAUCGCGUCGCGGACGGGUGGACGUACGGCUUCCCGGAGCUCUGCCCCGGUCAGUCCGACGCGAUAAAGCGCUCGAAGCGCAUCGCGAACCCGGGGUGUUACCCGACCGGGAUGAUCGCGUUGACGCGGCCGCUCGUGGACGCGGGAAUCCUCCCGAGAGACGUCGGUUUAGUCGUGCACGCGGUGAGCGGGUACAGCGGCGGAGGGAAGCAGCUCAUGGCGAUCCACCAGGCGGGCGACGCGGAGCCGUGGGGCGCGUACGGUUUCAAUCUCGCGCACAAGCACCUGCCGGAGAUGGCGGAGUACAGCGGGAUGGGACGCGAGCCAAUCUUCUGUCCCGCCGUCGGCGCGUUCGAGCAGGGCAUGGUCGUGUCCGUGCCGAUUCACUACGACCAGCUCAGCGCGGCGGGCAGGAGCGCGGCGGCGAUCCAGGAGUGUCUGGAGGAGCGGUACGCCGGGUCGCGGUUCGUGAGGGUGAUGCCGCUGAACGAGACGGGCGACCUGGAGCGCGGCGCGCCGGACGCGUUGAACGACACCAACGCGUUGGAGCUUCGCGCGUACGCGUCGGACGAGGCGCAGACGGUCUGGCUGAUGGCGAGGUUGGAUAACUUGGGGAAGGGCGCGUCCGGGGCGGCGGUGCAGAACAUGAACUUAGCGCUCGGGCUCCCGGAGGACGCGGGGUUGUGA